GAUUUUAAUACGCUUUUUGCUAAAUUUUCAGAAUAACUUCAAAUGAUACUAGUAAGGUCGAAGAGGUUAAUUUCCUUGAAGUUGUAUCUGGUUUAAAAAUGCUCGCAGUUGAUAGGCCAGAUGAAAAAGAAACAUCUUCAACAUCGUGUCAGAGGCGAUCUUUAAGAGCUCGAAAGCCAGCAAAUGUUAAUCUAGAGAUUCUCACGAGAAGAUGUACUUUAAGGCCAAAGAAACGAGUAUUUUCUGAAAUGCAUAACGAAGACCAAAUUAGAGAAUAUUAUCUAGAUAAAACUGUUAAAAAAUAUGCCAAUUCUUUAGAGACCAUUUUUGAAGAAAAAGAUGACAUGAGUCAAACGACAACUUACAUGAGUGCAAAGCGAUUUAAAAGAAUGAUUCAGUUUACCCCAGAACCAACAGAUUCGAAAUUAAAGAAAAGAAGGGAUAAAGUCAAAAAAGUUUUUGGUUCCAAAGUUAAUUACAGAAAAAGAAGAAAAAUUUCUAUACAAGCCUUGCUGGAUAAACUUAAUGGAUUACAUAAUGAUUUACCUGCAAACUGUCCAAAAGAAAUAAAACAAAAGGCUGAAUUAUUAUAAUUUAUAUUUUGUGUGUAUAUAACUUAAAGCUAGCACAAAAUUUGCUUUAAGCUUUUAUUCAAGCAAUAUCCUUGAAUUAAAAGUAUAUCUUGUAUAAAAAAAGGAAACUUGAUAAUAAUAGAAUUUAAAUAUAAUUUACUCAAUAAGAACUCUAAAAAUGUACACAUAUAAUGUCAUUGAAAUUAUCAUGUAACCACAAGUAAAAUACUUUAGAUAUUAUAUUUUUU